AUGGCGACUUUAGAGCGGAUGUUUACCCACAAUCCAACGUGGGUGGCGAACCACGUGACGACUCUAACUCGUAUUUUAUUGGUUAAUUUUUUAUGCUUGGUUCAAUCGAUACAUUUUCCUACUUUUCUAAUACACGAACCAUUAUUUUCAAGUCCUCCAAUAUUUCAACCAGUUUUUCACAACAGAUUGGUUCCAUCGAAUGGUUUUUAUGGCGAUUUUAAAUUUCCCACAUUGAAUCCAAAUUCAUGUUAUGAAAAUUCAAGUCUUUUCAGAGAUAAUUUAGAAAUAUCAUCACGUGGAGAAGAAAAUUCGGAAAACAAUGUCGAAAACAAAACAUCUUCGGAUAAAGAAAAAUCGUGUCAAAACGAUGUUAAAAAGGCGCAAAAUAAUGCCGUGUCAUUAGGCCAUUACUACGGAUCGAACAAUUUGAUACCGUGGGCAUACAGUCCAUUUUUCGUACCCGUCAUAUCGUAUUUCGUUUCCAGAACUCCUGGACAAUAUUUAGGAAGGAGUCCAUCAAACGUUCGAUUGAUAACGGAAAAAGACACCCGGGAUAAAGUUAAUAAAAAUCCCGACGUUUUAUCAUCGCGUCCCGAUAAAAAUCAAACGAAAUCCAACGGAAAAGAAAAGGAAAAAGAUGAAAUUUUACUAUCUGAAGAAUCCGCCAAAGGUGAUUGGUUGGAACGUAAUAAUAAUAAUAAUAAUAUAAAAGAUAGUUGUGAUAAUACAUCUUUUCCAUCCGAUAAUGAAAUAAAUAAUUAUAUAUUAAAUAAAAAUAAUAAUAAUAAUAAUGAUAAUUGGACGACAUUGAAUUCUGUUAAAAGUACAAUAUUGGUAACGGAAAAAAUUCAAAAUGAAUUUGAAGGUAUUUUUAAAAAAAAAAUUCAUGUUUAA